GGCUCCCUUUCCGCUUAACACAAAGAACGCUAUUUUGUCUCCUCCACAAGCCCUUACCCAUCUCAUCUCAUCUCAUCUCAUCUCAUCUCAUCUCUCAGACAUUUCGUCAAACAGAUGGUGUUCGCUUCGACACAGUUAACUAAGUAGGGGUGUUUAGCUUGGUUUUUUUUUUUUGUUCUUUUCCGAUUCGAAGGGGAGGGUAGAAAUAGGGAAGAAGAGGGUCUUAGCCGAGGGAUAUGAUAGAGAUGGAAGGAGUUGAGCUAGAGCUAGAGAGAAGAAGCAAGUUCUUGAACAGCUUGAUACAGAAGAAGAAAGCCAAAGAACAGCAAGAUCAGAAAGAUGAGUUUAAUGUCCGAGUUAGGGCUUCAGAUAUGCCUUUGCCUCAACAAAACAGAGCCUUUAGUUUGUCUCGUGAGAUUUUGAAUGCUACGCCUGGGAAGGCUGAUAACAAACGACUCGCUCUUGCCCUCAAAAAGGACUUCGAUUCAGCAUACGGCCCGGCAUGGCACUGCAUUGUUGGAACAAGCUUUGGUUCAUACGUGACUCAUUCCAUUGGAGGAUUCAUAUAUUUUCAGAUCGACAAAGUUUACGUUCUCCUAUUCAAAACCGCAGUGGAGCCGUUAGAUCAAAAAUGAGACAAAAGUUGAUUGAUGAUUGCUCUCCUUCCCUUUCAAUUUCUCUGUCAUUGUAGUAAUCACCACUCUGUGUAAUUCACAGAGUUAAUAUCUCCCCUGCCUAGACAAAAUAAAUCUUUGUGGCUCGGCUCCCUAUUGUGUAAUUAGAAGUGACUUUUUAUCUUGUGAAUUAUUGUUUCCACUUCACAACAAUGCAACAACAUAUUCUUCUUCUUCUA